GGGCAAGGAAGGACGGAAGGGGAAGCGGGUUGGUGGUGACUGGACACAUCAUGGCACCUUGCAACUAGAAGUCACAACAACUGCCCAUAAGGUCAUGUCUCGCCAUACUGGCUGGUGGAGCCAACAAUCGCGAUUGCGCUGCCAAGCGUGCAAGGCCGAGCGGCAGCCGGCCCCGCCACUGUACAAAUUUCUUUCCGUUCUUCCCGAGUCUGUUGAUAACUUCGAAUCACAAUGUCCUGAAAACUGUCGAGUUCCGUGCGUGAGAAGUGCGCAGAAAUUUCUUUUUGUGGUUUGGAUUGGGUUCACGGGCCCUUGUUCAUGAUGAGGGGGGAUCGGCCAUGCUGCCACUGGGCUCCAGAUCCUGUCCCCAGGCAUUAGUAUAAGUGCAUGCCCAGGUGAAGUACAAGACUUGGAGAUGUUCCUCAGAUCGUUGUGGAUCUUUGACUGUGAUCCGCCUCCUGGCCAUUUUUACACUCUGAUGCUUCUGCAGUGUGUCUUGAUCAGGGUGCCCUGUUCCUGAGAGAUCGCACUUGUGAAGUUGCGAUUGAUUGAUUGAUUGAUUGAAGUGAGUUAGGCUGCCAAGAACUGUUGUAGUGGUACUGUGGGGAUGGUAUUGGAGGGUUUCAUGGCGGCGUGUGGACAGACCGUCGUGUCCACUGGAGUGUCCAAACUCCUCACGCUGUUGGUCGCGAUCCAGUCUGCAGCUUUGGCAUCGUUUGGAGGAGGACCUGACUUCGACCCCAAGUACUACGUGGACAUUCCUUUGCGGUAUUCUUUGAACGAGACCGCUCGCGCAUUUGAUGCUCUGCCACGCUUGCAGAACAACACCAUUCCUCCAAGGGUGUUGGAACAGUUCUUGAGCCAAUACUUUGAGUUGGCAGACAGCAAUGUUAUUGCAGACGCUCCCAAGGACUUCAACCGAAUCCCUCAAAAUUUUUUGCCACUAGUGCACAACCCCCAGGUUCGAAAGUGGGCUUUGCAAAUUCAUGAGCUAUGGCUGGAGCUCUCACGGAAAAUUUCACCUUCAGUGGCGAUGAACCCAAACAAGAACACCCUGCUUCCAUUGAACAAUACUGUUUUGGUUCCUGGGGCAAGGUUCAGGGAGGUUUACUACUGGGACAGCUACUGGGUCAUCAAAGGUCUUCUUGUAAGCGGCAUGACAGACACUGCAAAAGGAGUGAUUGAAAACUUGAUGGAACUUGCAGAGCGGUAUGGGUUCGUGCCCAACGGAGCUCGUAUAUAUUACGAGAAUCGAAGCCAGCCGCCACUACUAAGUAUGAUGAUCCGUGCUGUAUAUGAGAAAACUCAUGACAAAGCUCUUCUCAAGCGUGCUUUGCCAAUUCUUCUUAGAGAGCAUGCUUUUUGGACUUCAGAGCCACACGAAGUCAGGGUGAGGGACAAAAAUGGCGAUGAGCAUCGUCUUAGUCGUUUCUGGGCUCAUUGGAACAGCCCCCGACCUGAAUCUUUCACAAUUGACACGCACGUGGCUCGAGGAAUGAACAAAAGCAGAGCUGCGCAGCUGUAUCAUGACAUUGCAACAGCUGCCGAGUCCGGUUGGGAUUUCAGUUCUCGGUGGAUGGAGGAUCAACAAAACCUUAGAACCCUCCGCACGUCCAUGAUUAUUCCUGUAGACCUAAAUGCCUUUCUCUUCCAGAUGGAAAAGAAUGUCGAGUAUUUCGCUAGUAUUCUAGGCAAUCAAACUAUUCAGACCCAGUUUGCAAGCGCCGCGAGUGACCGCCAGAGAGCGAUCCAAAGGAUUCUUUGGAGCAGGAAGAGAGGCCAGUGGUUCGAUGCAUGGCUGUCUCCCAAUGGAUGCAGUUUUAGCGAAAAUGACAACAAGACGAUUGUGUACGAGUGGAAGCAAAAGAGACUCACGUACGCCUCGAAUUUCGUCCCUCUGUGGGCCGGGGUUUUGCCCAAAGGAGAUCCGAGGAGAGCACUUGUCGUUGAAGCACUCAACAAGUCUGGUCUGGUAUUGCCAGCAGGCAUUGCCACUUCUCUGAGGAACACAGGCCAACAAUGGGACUUCCCUAAUGCAUGGGCGCCCUUGGUCGACAUGGUCAUUGAAGGUCUGGAUGCAAGUGGUAUUCCGAGAGGCAAAAUGAUGGCCAAGGCCAUUUCCCAAAGCUGGAUUCGUUCAAACUAUGAGGCUUAUCACCAGGUCGGCAAGAUGUUAGAGAAAUAUGAUGCCACCAGUUGCGGGAAGAUUGGAGGUGGCGGAGAAUACAAUCUACAGACCGGCUUUGGGUGGAGUAACGGUGUUGUCUUGUCGCUAUUGCAAAAGUACGGGUGGCCAGCUGACAAGCCCCUUUUCUGUCCCGAUGCUUUAUAGCAUGGUUCCGCCGAAGCGCACUAGUUUUGUAGAGUAGGCAUACCCUGUCAAGAGAACAAUAAUUAGCCCAUCAUUCUGGCGAAUGUGUGAUAAUCAUUGCGGAUCAUGUACAUAAAUCUGACUCUUAUGGGUCAAAUUUUAAGCUUUGACGAGUACGAAACUAAUAACACCUUAAAGAUGCAUCAUUCAGUUA